UAAGGUGCUCUAUGUCUUUGGAAUGUAGACAAGAACCAGAUCACCCAUGGCUGGUAGCUCAAAGCUUCACAUCGCCAUGUUUCCAUGGCUAGCCUUUGGUCACAUGAUUCCAUAUUUAGAGCUUGCCAAACUCGUAGCUCAAAAGGGUCACAAAAUCUCCUUCAUUUCCACCCCUAGAAACACUGAUCGUCUCCCCAAACUCCAUCCAAGUAUAUCACCUCUGAUAACUUUCGUCAGGCUGUCAUUGCCUCAAGUGGAAAACCUACCUAAAGGUGCCGAGGCAACCACUGAUGUCCCAUACGACAAAGUCCAGUACCUAAAACAAGCCUGUGACGACCUCAAAGAACCCUUGUCCAAGUUUCUUCAAACUUGUGAUGAUCUUGAUUGCAUACUUUUUGAUUUUGCCCCAUAUUGGCUACCAGAUAUCGCCAUGAGUUUUGGCAUUCCAAGUGUUUUCUUCAGCAUAUUCACAGCAGCAAUGCUGAGUUAUGUCAAGCCAGCUUCUGGUAUUGAUGAUCGAUCAAAACCAGAAGAUUUUACUGUCCCUCCCAAGUGGGUUCCAUUUCCUACCAAUGUGGUCUUCAGACUUUUCGAGGUUUUGAGGAUUUUUUAUCAGAGUCUAGCUGGGAAUGUUGUUUCCGAUUUAUAUCGUACCCAGGAAGGUAUAAAAGGCUGUGAUAUGAUAGCUGUGAGGAGCUGCAUGGAAUUUGAACCAGAAUGGUUGCAACUACUUGAAGAAAUUCAUGGAAAACCAGUUAUACCAGUUGGUGUUCUUGCCACUACAGUAUAUGAUACAGGGGUGGAAGAUGAAGCAUGGAGAUCAAUUAAAGAUUGGCUAGACAAGCAAAAGCAAGGUUCUGUAGUUUACAUUGCAUUUGGCAGCGAAGCAAAACCAAGCCAGGUUGAGCUGACUGAGAUAGCUCUAGGGUUAGAACUAUCUGGUCUCCCGUUCUUUUGGGUGCUAAGGAAGCAUAGAGGCUCAGCUGAUACCGAGUUGAUCAAGCUGCCAGAAGGGUUCGAGGAGAGAACCAGAGCGCAAGGUUUGGUCUGGACUAGUUGGGCUCCUCAGCUCAAGAUUUUAGCUCAUGACUCCGUAGGUGGAUUCUUGACUCAUUCUGGAUGGAGCUCUGUGGUGGAGGCACUCCAACAUGCCAGAUCUCUUAUACUCUUGACAUUCUUGGCUGACCAGGGGAUCAAUGCAAGGGUUUUGGAGGAUAAGAAAAUGGGGUAUUCAAUACCAAGGAAUGAGAAGAACGGAUAUUUCACAAGGGAUUCAGUUGCUGAGUCCUUGAGAUUGGUGAUGGAGAAGGAAGAAGGGAAGAUUUACAGGGACAAGGUCAAGGAGAUGAAACCGUUGUUUGCUGACAAAGAUCGACAAGACAAGUAUGUGGACAAGCUUGUGGACCAUCUCAGAAGCCAUGGACGUACGAAGAAAAUCAAGAACUGCAUGUGAAGAGUGGAUCUCAAUGUAAAAGUUGCAAGAGUGCAUUGAUUGAUCUACAUGUGCGAGGAGUGUGAACCACAAGGUGAAUAAGAAAGGUCAAAGCUUGUGCCAUGAUUAUUUAAGUAGCUGUUAUCGUCCCCUCCCAUGGGCACCAUUUCUGCCCCUGUAUCCUCACCAAAUUAAAUGCCAUGUCUAUUGAACAAUGGUUUCACUAUUUA